AUGGUUAAAGAAAAUAUAGUGUUAGGUAUAUUCAAUAGGAAUACGAUCAAUGCAGAAACUAAUGGAGGCCAUAAGGAGCUAAAUGACCAAAUUACACUCAUUACUAACGAAGACCGUUUCUUCAUACUUGGCUUGGCUACUAUUACAACAUCGGUGUUAACGUUAUUUACUCUGCUUUUGACAGCUGCAGUGAUACAACGAAAAACAAGUUUGACGCGAUUGGAAGCGGAAUUACGUGCCGAAUCAUUUAAGAGGAAAUCUUCGGCUCUGUGGAUUGAAAUAAGACAUGCCAAGCAAAUCACUGGUCGUACUAUACGUACUGUACGACAAGCUGAUUCGUUUCUUGAAACCGUUGAACGAUGUAGUAAAUGUAUGCCUCUGCUGUGUCCAAUGGGAGAGCCCGGUCUUAUUGGACCACCAGGAGUUGAUGGGAUUCCGGGUAGUCCUGGAAAAAUGGGAAUACCUGGUACUGAUGGUGAAGAUGUUAUGGCUCAACCACUAUUAUUUCAUCUCCCGUGUUCUAUUUGCCCAGCUGGACCACCUGGUUUGCGCGGUUCACAAGGGGAGCGUGGCCGACCAGGUCCUCCAGGCUCUCCUGGUCCUUCAGGUCGACCUGGUAAGCCAGGUGGAAAUGGACCAAUUGGAAAUAUUGGGCCAGAUGGACCAUGUGGAAAAGAAGGACCAGUUGGACCUCCAGGGGUAUCUGGCGAUGAUACUUUCGCGGGUGUUGGUAUUAAAGGACCAAAAGGUUUACCUGGACCUGGAGGUUCCAAAGGGCCACAAGGUAUACCAGGUCGACGAUCUAACAUUCCCGGCAAGCAAGGAGAGCAAGGACCGAUUGGUUUACCUGGACUACAAGGAAAUACCGGUGGAUACGGCGAGAAGGGACCAUGGGGUCCUCCAGGAGAACCUGGAAUACCAGCCAUGUAUUGUCCAUCAGACUGUGGAAUUUCGAAGAUCCUUGCGCCAUUCUCAUUUGGUUUUCCUGUUGAUUUCAGUGCGUCUUCCAAUAUUUAUACUCAUGCUUUGGAUUCUACAUAA